UUUAAAAUUUAUUUUCAGGUUCCAAUUCAGAAAUUUCUUAUCCAAAAAUGAUUUUCAAAAUUGUAACUACUACAUUUUUCGCAUUUGCCGUACUGCAAGUGGUCAGCGCGCGCUUGUACUGCGACUGCGAGGUGGAGUACGCGGGCCACGAUCCGGAGUUCAUGUUGACCGAAGUGCGCCGGACGGUAUACAAGGAAUACGAAACGGUCAGAGUCGAGCUGGAGGAGUCGGACUGCGGCAGUGACGCGAGCUCUCCGCGCUGCAUAGAGCAGCGGUCCCUGCUGGAAGACCUGUGGGACGCAAGGUUCGCGCUAGACGAUUUCCUGUGCGAGCUGAACGUGUCCAUAGUCAGUCGCAUGCGGGACGCGUACGCUACGUACGGUGGUUCGGCUAACGCCGAUUACGCGCGGCUGCUCAACGAGUUGUGGUCGGACACGGAGACGCAGCUCAAGCCGUACCUGGUUACGUUCCGCGAGCACUUGGCGCGGCCUCGUUCGUUUAUGGACAACAUGUUCGAAGGCGUCCAGUCCACGGUCAAAGGAUUCCUCGGCGGCAUCAGCGUUUGUUAACCGACAACAAUUGUUACAGCCGCGCGCACGAUCGUUAGCAAUAAACUGUACACGUUGAUCACGA